CUGAAGCCAAAGUCUCAGAGGACAUCAGAGUUUACCUUCACAACUCUUCCUCCUCUUUUCUUCUUCCUCCUCUUCAUCCUUUUUCUCUUCUUCUUCAUCUUCAUCCUCUUUCUCACCGCACUUGAGUGACUUCAGGAAGAAGCUAAAUGUGAACACACUUGGACACACACACACACACACACACACACACACACACACACACACGGGGACGUGCAGAAUUUGCUCUGAGCUCUGACGGACACUGGAAGCUUCUCCAGCCUCUGGGAAGGAUAAAGGAGUGUCAGGGAAGAGGAGCGUAAGCUACAGUUGUGUGUGAGAAGGAUGAAGCGUGAGCGGUUUAAAGCACCAGAGCCGGACGAUCCACUCUGCUGCUGUGACUGCGAGGAAAUGGACGAUGUGUGUGAAAGGCUUCUCUGUACGGAUUGGGAGAAGCCGUCUCCUCUCUCACGCUUCCUUCCUGUCCAUGUAGACCUCUCCGUUCUUCCUCCCUUGGUUCUACUUCCUGUUUUGCUGCGUAUAGCGGCGCUGCACUGCAUGCUGGGAAUAGUGGUUCUGACCGUGCUUCCUGUGCUGGUACUCUGGUAUUACUACAUGACUCACCGCCAAAAGAGACGUACACUGUUCUUCCUCACGCUGGCGCUCUUCUCCCUCGCCUACAUGUACUUCCUGUUCAUCACAGAGAUCGUGCCCCGGGGCACGGUGGAUAAUCGGCAGGUGGUCACCGCGACGACGGGUUUGAUAAUGACACUCGUGUCUCUCGCACACACGAAGCGUGGCCCUGGGUUCGUCCGAGCUGAUCCUACCUGUCCUGUCUCAUAUAGAGGCCCCACCCACUGUAACGGAGUCAGCCAAUCACAGAGCCCCAGUGGUAAGAAGUGGUGUCCUGUCUGUCGAGUGGUUCGUCCAGAGAUGGGGCACUGCAGAAUUUGUGGAGAGUGUGUGUUACGCAUGGACCAUCACUGUGUCUGGAUCAACUGCUGUAUAGGACAGGCCAAUCAUAAGCAGUUCCUAUUGACACUCCUCCUCUUCCUGAUGACAUCACUAUACGGGAUCAGUAUGGUCCUGAGGAGUGUGUGUCCACGCCAGAGUGUGUUCAUUGCCCCACUCUACUGCCCAGGAGUGUACAACCAGUACAGCACGGCUAUGUGUUUCACCUGUGUGUGGUACAGCUGUAUAGUCACAGGUGCGCUGUGUUACCUCCUCGUCCUGCAGCUGGUGAACGUGAGCUGUAACGUGACUGAGCGUGAAGUCCACAUCGCAUUACGCAACCGGACCGCGCGCUCGCGCCUCUGCGGCAUCGUCGUGGAAACGGGGGUUUACACACGUGGCUUCAUGCACAACUGGAUCGAGUUCCUCACCAUGAACACACACCACAGAGCCUCACAAACUUAUACACACACCGUAUGACCCACAACCAACAUGUGCCCUUUUUACUCAUGUACAGGAAACCGCUGCAGUGCAUUCUGGGUAAUGUGUGCAGCAGUGAAUCCUGCGGUGAUGUCACUUGAUUAAACAAGGCUCAGGAUAUUUCUAAACAUAUAAUUCCAAUUCCAAAAAAGUUGGGACGCUGAGUAAAAUGUAAAUAAAAUCUGAAUGUGAUGAUUUGCAAAUAUCAUAAAAGUUGAAAAUUUAUAUUGGAUGUUUGUGAUCUUUUAAAACAGUGAUGAUUCUGUAAUGGAAAUCACUGCAUGGGUUCAUUAACACCUCCAGAAAUCAUUUUCUGUGGACACAGUUUUCCGUAUCAUCCACAAAUGCAGGUUAAAUCUCUAUCAUAUAAAGUAGAAGGUAUGUGUGAACAUGAUCCAGAAACACCAC